UUGGCAUCAUUCCUCUCCUUGCAGUUCCAUCGCAAACUAAACAAAUCAAAAUGAUGAAAAUUAUCGUCCUCAUCUCCGCCCUCGUAGCCAUCGCGGCUGCCAAACCAUCUCUAGUCAGCGCGCCGCUCGUCGCCGCCCCAGCGCCCGUGGUGACCGCUACCAGCUCGCAGUACUACCACCGCAUCAACAACGGUCUAGCCGCGUACGUCGCCGCUCCUGCCGCAUAUGUAGCCCCCGCUGCUCCGGUGGUUAGCGCCCCGUAUGUGGCCGCCCCCGCCGCGUAUGCUUACGCUCCUUAUGCCGCUCCCUAUGUUGCCUACUAAAAAUUGCCUGACCAAAGAUGUGAUACUUAAUAAAUAUGUUGCAAGUU